AUGCGAAGAACCAACCUCUUCUGGAGUUUGAAGAGAGGGGGACUUGGGCUAGUCAAUCUGGAGAUUAAGAUGAAGGUCCAACGCUUCCUCUACUUUAGAGACAACUCCGACCCAUUCUUAAGAAGUGGCUUACAAGCGCUCGGCGGAGAUCACCUAUCUAGGUGGACGGUGCUAGCGGGAUGCUACCUAGGAAAGAAACAUGUAAGAGCUUUCUACCGAGAGGUUGCUGCUGCAGUCAGAUUCUUCGAGCAGCGAUUUUCCUGGGAGUAUCUCUGUACAGUGAAAAAGAAGAAUCUCUACUGGGACACUAUAGAGACUGUCCUACCAGACCCCCUGUACCGGCACCCCGGCCUUUCGCCACUGGCUGAGAACGUCCUUCGGAGGCUUCGAAGGUUCCCCGUUCCAACGGGCACCAAGGAUAUGUUCAUCAGAUUCCAUUGCGAGGUACUGCCAGUCAAAGUGUGGCUUCGGAAAAAAGGGUUCUUCGUGCCGUGGUCUUUGAAUUGCGACCUGUGCGGAGCAGAGGAGACUCUCUUCCAUGUAUUCGUAACUUGCAAAAGAGCCAGGGACUUCUGGGAUGAUUUUCGACUGCAUACGAAGCUCGAUGUAAACAUCGACUGGAUGUCCCUGAAGUACUUGGUGUUCGACGCCUAUUCUGAGAACGACGCUGCAGCUACCCUAGUGGUAAGUGGACUCCAUGGAAUAUGGCGCUUUCGUAUGGCCAUCGCAGACGGCAAAGUGAAUCCAAAAACGCCAUGGAACUGCUUCAUGGGUACCCUUGCUUGGAUAGAGGCUACUUUGGUCGCUCGCACAGAUGCUGCAGACACUCUCACAGACGCUUUGAAGUUACUCUUCGAAACAAUGAAGAAAGGGAAGACAACCCCAAGGAAAGCUGAGUGA